ACCUGUAUAUAACCACGCCUACCAGACUCCAUUCUCAGAACCAACCAACAGGGCGACCAAGCUCAAUUAUCUCAUCCAGCCCGACUACUCAGCUACCGCCUCCCCAGUCUCCAGCUCCUUCAACCUUGCUCCAUCCUUGAUCGAUACCUCUACAUGGCGAAGGUUCACCCCAACAUGGUGCCCGCGCCGGGAGCCGUCGACGAGGCGCCGUGCGCGCCGUCCAGCUCCACGGAGGAGCCGACGACGCUGACGGUGUGGCGCAAGUCGCUGCUGUUCGACUGCAAGGGGUUCACGGUGUUCGACGCCAAGGGCAACCUGGCCUACCGCGUCGACAGCUACGCCUCCGAGAGCGGCGACGAGGUCGUCCUCAUGGACGCGGCCGGCUGCCCCGCCUUCACCGUCCGCCGGAAGCGGUUCAGCCUGCAGGGCGAGCAGUGGCUCGUCUUCUCCGGCGAGGAGACGCGGCGGGCCGUGUACACCGUCAGGCGCAGCGGCCGCGGCAAGACGUUGGCGCACGUGACUGCGUGCGGGGGCGCCGGAGCCGGGCCGUCGUACGAGGUGGAGGGGUCCUACGCGCGGCGGAGCUGCGUGGUGUACGACGGCGAGCGGCGCGCGGUGGCGGAGAUCAGGCCGAAGGAGGUGGUCGGGACUGACGUUUUCCGCCUGGUGGUGCAGCCCGGCGUUGGCGUGUCGCUCGCCAUGGCCGUGGUGGUGGCGCUCGAGCAGAUAUUCGCCAGGCCGUCGCUCCUCAGGAGCUGGUCCACCAUAGAUUAGUGAAUUUAUUUGUUACAUCUCGAUUUAGUCAAGCUAGUCUUUUUUUUACCCCUUGCACUAAGUUUGGGGGGUUGGGUUGGAGUGUCAAUUGUGAUAGCGAGAGUCAUUCGCUCGAUGUGUGUGGGCAUCAGAGCAAAUCGAUCUGUUCGAUGAUGCCUCCCAAAAUUAUGAGGUUUUUCUUGGCCCAUGGAAGCCUUGCCUCC